CCUCAUUUUGAGUAAGACCGGGAACCAGGGAGGCAGUAGUGUAAAGACACAACUACCACUAACCAGAAGAAAUUAUUAAUAACUUUCAGAAAUAAAGAAUAAUGGCUCCAAGGUGGUUACCACUAGAAUCAAACCCAGAGGUUAUAAACAAGUUCCUUUUAACCCUUGGGGUUGAUGCGAAUUGGCAGUUCUUUGAUGUCUUUGGUCUCGAUCCAGAGCUUCUUGCAAUGAUUCCAACACCUUGCUGUGCUCUUGUUUUGCUCUUCCCAAUAACAGAUACUUACGAAAAGUUCAGGGCGGAUGAAGACGAAGCCAUUAAAUCCAGUGGUCAAGAAGUUAGUCCAAAUGUCUAUUUCACAAAGCAAACUGUUGGAAAUGCCUGUGGCACUAUAGGAAUCAUUCAUUCAAUUGCAAAUAAUCAAUGUGUAACAUUAAAGAAUGGUUUUCUGAAAAACUUCUUAGAAGCAACAAAAGAUUUGUCCCCUGAUGAGAGAGCCAAGGCUUUAGAAACUGACGAGGGAAUUUCAACUGCUCACGAAGAAAGUGCAAAAGAAGGGCAAACUGAGGCUCCAUCACCUGAAACAAAAGUGAACCUACAUUUCGUAGCAUUUGUUCACAAAGAUGGCUCUCUUUACGAAUUAGAUGGAAGAAAAAAUUUCCCAAUCAAUCAUGGAAAAACAUCAGAGCAAGACUUUUUGAAAGAUGCUGCAUCAGUUUGUAAGAAGUUCAUGCAAAGGGAUGCAAGUAACCAUCAAUUUAACAUCGUUGCUUUAUCUUCUGCAGCAUAGAGAUACUCUAAAGUUUAAACAUGGGUAUUCUUAUCCGUCGUGCACUGCAAAGGCUGGGGGACACUAAGAGCGUUUCCAUGGAAUAUAUGCCUGGGAACUUCAGCUAAUUUUAAAGACAAUACUUCAUCUUAUUUUGCGUUACAGGUUUGCUGUUUCUUAAUCUUCAGGAAGAAUUAUUAUUUAUUAUCCUGUCACGAAAAGCUGUUGUUUCUUCUGCAUUAAAACUGGCAUUCCUUUCUUAAUAUUGAGUGAAGAUAAGUUUGUGCUUUGUAACUUUUAGGGCUAAAACCUGUAUCUCCGUUUUAAAUGUUGCGUUCUUAAAAGUAGGAAUUUUCUUACACAGUUUUACUGCUAUAUUCUGAGUAAAUAAUAAAAUUGCCUUAAUUUGAAAGCGACUUUGUUUCCCAGGGCUGCUCAUAAA